CUCUUUCAAAACAGUAUUAGUUCCGCAUAGUCGGACACAUUUUGUCGUAGCACACAGCACAAAGCGAAACCACUGUUUACAAAAACAAAGUUGAUGACAGCGAUUAAAAUUACCGAUAGCAGGAGAUCGCUGUUUACCGUUUGCUCGACAGAGCAAGACUGAGUAUGAAUGGAUGUGUUAAGCCUGUGACCUUAUAAGAGAGGUCAUAAGAGACAGUCAUGAUGGCGGAGGAGGCUGGUAAGCUUCCACUCCGGCGCCUGGAGCCCCCCAUUCUCAAAUUCAUUAAAGUGGCCAUCCCCACUGACCUGGAGAGACUGCACCAGCACCAACACAACAUAGAAAAGUUUCAGAGAGGCAGACAGUGGGACAAACUGCACCAAGAGCACAUCAACUCCAGUCGCACUGUCCAGCAGUUGAGAUCUAACCUGCGGGAGAUGGAGAAAUUGUGUGGGCGGGUCCGCAGCGCUGAUGUCGAAGAUCUGGAGAAACUUGUUCAACCAAUCAGAGAUCGAGCCUCCACUGCCAUUCAAGAGUUCCUACAGAUUCAUUCGGAUGCUAUCAAUAGGCCUUGCCUUAUCGGCACUGCCUCGGAUAUAUUUCACAGUGAUGGUGAUACAGAUGUCCCCGGUUCCCCUGUCACUCAAACACAGCUGCUCCUGCCUGAAAUCCCUCCAGAACAGAAUGCCGCUGAGUCCUGGGACACUUUAGCUGAGGACCUACUGGAAUUGAAUGGUUUAGUACAAGAGUUCUCCACUAUUGUUCAUGCUCAGCAGGAGAAGAUUGACAGCAUUGAGGCGAAUGUUAGCAUAGCAGCUGCUAAUGUGGAGGAGGGGACCCAGAGCCUUGGGAAGGCGGCCCGUUCGAAGCUGGCGGUUUUGCCCGUGGCGGGUGCGGUGGUGGGGGGAGUGCUAGGGGGGCCACUGGGACUCUUAGCGGGAUUUAAAGGCGGGGUCGUCGCUGCAGUGGGGGGUGGACUGCUUGGUUUCGCCGGGGGCAACAUGAUCCAACAAAAGAGGAAAGAAAGAAUCGACCUACAGCUACAACAGCUUAAGAGCAACAACAACAGUAAGAACGACACUCAGUGACACACUCAAGAACAUUUGUUUUUGUUGAGGAGGCCACGAGACGGCGGAGUUGCCGACCCACGCUCCUUCUGAAAUAAACACCAGACGUUCAACAUACAUGCAUAAAACAACCACAACUGCAGAAUAACUCCUACAUGCAGUGCAAACUUGCACAUGCAAUGUGCUACACCAAGUGGACCUGCUAAUUUUCCUUUUGCCUUAAUCCAUCAUUCAUUUCUAUGCCAAAGCAAACAAGGCCUUUAUCUGAUCUGCUGCCAAACAGCUGAUUGACCUUUGUAGCAGUAAUGUGACUGUAGGUGUUAGAGGUGGUUAGAGAUUAUAAGUAAUAGGUGAUUGUUGUGUAAGGAUGUGUUCUUUCACUAUUGUACGUCAAGAUGUGUUAUACAUACUGAGGAUUUGCAGUCGGUUACUACAGGUUUUGUUGUGCUUAAUGUUACUGUUUACCACACAAUUCCAUUAUAAACCCUUAAAUGCCCCUGUUCUAUGUUUUAACUAUGAUGGAUUUCCUUUUAAUUUUAUUAAUGGGUUAUGAGUAGAUAUAAAUGAAACUACUUUUAUAAGGUUUGUAUGUAUCACAACACUCACUGGUAUGAGAACGGAGGCAAUGCGCAGUAGUGAGAAACUCAUUACACUAUAAUAAACAAUAGUUGUAUAUCAAUAUCAAUGACAAAUUAUGAAAUUAAAAGUAAUAUCUAGUUUCCGUAGCCUAUGGAGCCACGAAUACUUAUUUUGCCUUAACUAGUGAUAUUUUGAUAAAUGAAACAUUUCAGAUAUCUAAUAAUGUCUCAGGCUGCUUAAAAUAAAUACAGUUUCAUUGAAUUGUGAUGACACUUAAUAAGCCAUUGUAUUGGAUAAUCGAUACACAAAUUAGAUGAUUGUUUAGAUAUUUGUAACACAGAAAAAAAUCUUGUAACUAUACAUAUUUAUACGAUAAGUUCAAUUAUAAUUGAACAUUGAAGAAGAGAAUUUGCUUCUUGGGUAAUUAUUUGUGAGCUGUAAUGGUGGAAAUACAAAUGAUUCUUCAUGUAUGAUUUCUUUAUGGUCUUUCUUAACAGUUAAAGGGAUAUUUCCCAUGAAAAUGAAAAUUCUGCCAGUAUUCCAAACCAGUAUAAAUUUCUUUGUUCUGCUGAACACAAAGGAAGAUAUUUUGUUUAUAACCAAACAGUUAUGCUUACAUUGACUUCCAUAGUAUAUUUUUCCAUACUAUGGAAGUAAAUGAUGCCGCACAACUGUUUGGAACAAGUUGAGGGUGAGUAAAUGAUGACAGAAUUUUCAUUUUUGGGUCAUCUAUCCCUUUAAUACAACUGUGAUCGAGAUACUUCUGAUCAAAAACACUCAGGUUUAGAUAAAACACCCUUCUAAACUGUGGCUGCUCGUGUAUUUCAUGUGUCUUUCUGUGUGCUGCUGGGGUGGCUCAUAGAUUCGGGUGAGGUUUCCCUGUAAGGCUUUGAUAACACAAGCCUCUGACAGGCAAAUCUAAUACUGAAAUCAAUGCUCUGUGAGACCUCCUUCAGCACAAACAACAUUCGAAUGUUAUUUGAUUACUGCCCCAAAGGACCAGCAGAAAAGAACAAUAGCCUUUUAAGGUUUAUUGAUCCUUAUUUUAGUUUUAAUUGUCAAAAGCAAAGAGGAAAAUAAAAUACCGUCUGUUGUCAAACA